UCCUCGGUCAGUCGAACGCGUGCACACACGCCUGCACACGCCUUCAUAGCCGGCUGCAGGACACAUCGUUCGUCUUCACUGAUAAGCAAUUCACCCUUAGUAGGCAGAAAGACGAACCAGCAGUUCGGUGCCAGUAGUGAAUGAACAGUGUCGCAAACUGUGUUCGUGGAAUUAAGUGAUACAUUAAUCUGUUUAUAAUCCAGAAGCAAAAAGUUUCGACGACGGGAAACGAUCGAAGGGGAUCCCGAGAAAUUUAUGAUUCGAUUACGCGUUAAUAAUAUAUAUGACAGCGGCUGUAUCGCGGCGUCGUCAGUAGGGCCAGGUAUUAAAUGUUACAUCGGUGUGUCCCCGGAAGUGCUAAAAAAGGGAUAAACAUGCAGUGCGAAACACGAUCGGAAAUGCGUGUGUACGCGAUGGUCUUCCUGGUGAUGUGCUGCUUCCUGUGUUCCCCGUGUGCUGGUGAGGAGCCAAAACCGAACGUCUCGUCACCUUCGAUAGAUAAUAACAAGACAACUCAGAUGGCAGCGGGUGAGCAGCGGCUCGGAGAUCAAAUUCGUGCAAUUCUCAAGCAUUAUCAGAAAGACGAUCCCGUCGGUCUUCCGGGCGCGCCGAUACCGGAUCCGAUGUCAGUGCCGGAUAUGAAGCAUUCCUUUUCCAUGUACACGAUGAAUUUUAAGCAGAUCAGCGUUUCCGGGCUUUCCAAAUUCCGUAUUACACACGUAGAGUCGGAAUUGGCGCGUAUGCAGGUGUUCGUCGCAGUGAGAAUCGACAAUCUCAAUAUGCGCGGUUUGUACACGAUGUCAUCCUGGCUAUCGAGAUCGGCCGGUGAUUUUACGGUGAAUCUCACCGACGUGAACGUCAAAGGUAUCGCCAGACUGGAAGUAGGUAAUGAUGGCAAAUUGCAAGCUCAAGAUAUCGACUUGAACCUGCUAUUCGAUAAGAUCCAGUUGAACUUCGAGAAUCUAGGAUUCCUCGGUAGCGUUUUUCAAGGUAUCAUCAAUUCCGUCGGCACCUUCCUCUUCGACAGCAUUAAACCUUUCAUACUGAAGGAAGUUAAUACGAACGUAAGGGGCGAGAUAAACAAGCAAAUAUCACAAUUACCGCAAUAUUUCCCGAAUUCGAUUUCACCCUUCGAUAUGGCGAUCGCUGAAGCCCGCAAGUAUGUUUCUGAAAUGGGCUACGAUCCAUACAAAUUACAGGAUUAUACUCAAAGUGUUGGUAUAUUCACUGUGACCUCAUCGCAUACUUGGAUUACCGGUCUAGCCAGUUUCUAUCGCAUGGGGAACAUAACUGUAUCCAUGGAAAAUGGAACUGUGUACGCGCUCGUGGACAUCGGCACCCAAGAAUUAGAGGGCAAGACGCACUGGGAGGUGAGCGUGAUUGGCGGCUUCCUUUCGCGUGCCGGCACCGUGUCCUUCACCGUCCAGUACUUCCGGAUACAGGUGAAGCUAGGCCAACCCUUAGACACGCGGAAGCGCGCUUCCCUGGAGGAGCUGGAGCUCGAAUUGGGCAACAUCCAGGCGAGAAUCCACGGCGCUGGCACAAUCGAUUAUCUCGUUGAGGCGAGCGUUAAUAUACUGCCGAACCUUUUAAGAUAUCAGAUCAUGGACGCGAUCGAGGGACCAUUGCGGAGACGUAUACAAGACGAGUUGGACAAGGUAGACGUGGAGAAAUUGAUCGAUGAAAAAAUUCCGGUGAUCGAGGAGCAAGCUAGGUGGCUGCAUGAUUUAGUACCCGCAGAAGAAACGAAUUUGGAGGAGCCAACGACGCACAAUCAGGACGAUCUAGGACCAUUCUCCGAAAGCGAGGAAGAACGAGGACCAUCGUAAAAACGAUGCUCAUCGACAACGAUCGAACAUUCAAAAGUUUAACUCCAUUCUUUACGAUCUAGAUUAAUUCGGAAAAAAUUUCUCAUUAGUAACGUAAAUGUAUACAUUGCUUAGUUAGUGUAUACGUACAUCCUGAUCUUUUAAAUGUUUGUAUAAUGUCAUAAUAUAAUCAUAAAUUAUAAUUAUAAAUUAAUAAAAUUGCGAAUCGUUUAAAAGCAACAUAGAAAAGAAUGGAAGAGGUGAAAAAUGUAUGUAUGCAUAUCUUUGCGACACAUUUGCAAAUAUGCGCAAUUUGUACGCAAUUCAAUAAUGACUUACCUAAGUUAACGAAAUA